AUGGCCCAGUCCGUGGUAGAUGAGGAGAAGGGCAUUCAAUCUCCUCCGACCGUCGAGACCUCCCUGGAAGAAGCUCCCAAAGAUGCGUCGGUCGGAGCUGGUUCUCCGACCUCGUCCGGAUUCUUCAGCAGUCUCAAUGCCCGCCUUAAUUCGAUGAAGUUAUUCGAGUCUCGGGGCGUGGAACGUGUCCCCGUUGAGGAGCGCCAUGAUAUCAGGGUUGCAGACUAUAUGCAGAUGACACUUUUGUGGUUCAGCACUAAUAUCACCGCCAAUAAUAUUGCUGUGGGUAUGUUGGGUCCACUCAGUUAUGAUCUGGGCUUUGUCGACUCUGCGCUCUGUGCUACUUUUGGCGCCUUGCUUGGUGCUGCUGGGGUUGCUUAUAUGGGGACUUUUGGUCCAGCGAGUGGUAAUCGUACGAUGGUCGUCGCGAGGUACUUUAUGGGUUAUUACCCUAGUAAAAUCGCUUGUCUGCUCAAUAUCAUUAUCAUGCUUGGAUAUGGUAUGAUUGACUGUCUGGUUGGUGGGCAAGUUCUCUCUGCUGUUUCUGGAGGCCGGAUGACCGUUAUCGUGGGCAUUAUCAUUAUCGCUAUUAUGACCUGGGUAGUGGUUUUGUUUGGCAUGACGGUCUUCCACAUUUAUGAAAGAUGGGCCUGGGUUCCACAAUUUAUCGCCAUCUUCGUGCUGGUCGGCAGUGCAGGUCCUAAAUUCGACACUAUGAUCAGCUCAGCCGGCUCUUCUGAGACGAUCGCAGGCAAUCGCCUCUCUUUUUUCUCACUCUGCUUAUCGGCUUCCGUCGCUUGGGCGCCCGCAGGUGCCGACUUCUUCGUCUACUUCCCACCAACCACGUCGGCAUGGAAGACCUUCCUCAUGACCUUCCUAGGGGUGGGACUAGCUCUAACGUUCGCCAACGUUAUGGGCGUUGGUCUGGGCUCUGGCACUUUCACCCACGAAACCUGGAACACCGCCUACGACACCUCAUCCGGUGCCCUCAUUCUAGCAGGCUAUGACGGACUCGGCGGGUUCGGCAAGUUCAUGGGUGUCCUGGUCGCGCUGGGUCUCGUUGCCAAUAAUAUCCCCGGCACUUAUUCUGCUUCCCUUGGUUUCCAAAUUAUGGGCCGCCAUUUAGCCCGCCUACCACGGUGGUUCUACUCUUGUGUUGGUGUUGUGAUUUACACUGCUUGUGCGCUUGGUGGUCGGAAUAACUUGUAUGACAUCUUUGAUAAUUUCUUGUCGCUGAUGGGGUACUGGGUCACUAUCUACCUGACGAUUGCAGUUGAAGAGCAUAUGAUUUUCCGUCGUACGAGAGGGUUUAACUGGGAUGAUUGGGCGAAUUCUUCCAAGCUGCCAAUCGGCAUUGCUGCUUUGUUGGCUUUCCUUAUUGGUUGGGCUGGAGCUAUCGUUUCAAUGGACCAGAUUUGGUAUGUUGGUCCCAUUGCGAGUAUGGUUGGGGACUAUGGAUCAGAUCUGGGGAUUUGGGUUGGUGUUUCGUGGACGAUGUUGGUGUAUCCGCCUAUGCGCUGGUUGGAGCUGAAGAAGUUCAAUCGGUGA